AUAUGCAAAAUAGGUAUGCAAACUUUUAAAUUUCACUGUCAUUGAAACAGCUGGUUGCCAUCCAUUUCAUAUUGGUCUACAGUCCCACUGCGGGUAAUGAAAACAUUAUCUCAACAAGGCCUAAGGUGAGUCGGCAAACCGCCUGGUGCCAAGCUGGAGAUCACAGAGCUGCAGUGUGACCCUAAUCUGCAUAAUACCAUUAAGGAUCCCACUAAAUCCCACUGCAUGCUGCCCAGUCCAAACAAAACAGAGAGAGAGCAGCAACAUUCUUCUUCCAGGCAAGAAAAUAUGAUUCAGCAACACGCCAAGCAGGAGGUAUUCAGCAAACCGGAUCGUGUGCAACAAGAUAAAAUGUUUACCACCAAUGAUAAAAAUGCCAUGCUGUAUCCGACGGGUGAGAACAUCAAAGAAGAUAACAAAAACAGCCGCAACUCGAAUACACCUGGCCUCCAUAUGUCAGGCACACAUGGACGGGAGUCAUUGGGUCAGCUUACACCGUCCUUACCGACCCAGGAGGCCAUGACGCAGCUGGGCUCUCUGCUGCUUAACCCCCCCAGGCAUGACUUAGAGAGGCUGGCUGAGGACCAGCCACUGAGACGGCCCCUCAAGCUCACCCCACUGGAGCUGCCAGAGGAGGUGAGAGAGGCUCAGAGGAAAAAACUGCACUUGAUCCAUCUAGACGUGAAACCUGCUGGCUCUAAGCCAGACAUGAUAGUGAAGAAAAAUGUCGCAUGUAAGCCAAUGCCGAUUGUCAGGCAGAAGGUUAUGGAUUUAGCUGAGUGUCCUUCUGUUUCAACGAUGCCGAGACCUCAUGUGAAACGCCGUAACCCUAUAAAGAAGAAUUUAGACAAGCAGCUGCAAGACGUCAUGGGUCGAGGGAUUCAGGCUGCUGUCCCUCCUUUACAUUCUGCCAGAAUCAAAGCUGAGGCCGCACACGACGUAGUGGCAUCACACAACAACCUGACUGCGCUCCAGCCUGAGGUAGAGAGAAGGCGGCUGAGGCUGAGGAGAGAACAACACCUCCAAGAGGAUCAGUGCCAAUCCAACACGUCAGCUGGAGGAUUAUACACAGAUGGAGACAAGCUUACCCGAGGACUCGGAGGCAAAGGGCAGCGGGCAGAGUCAGCUUGUCAAGGCCCACCACAUGCUGGAAAGAACAUCAAAGAUCCCUGCACUCCUGCAGCCUCCUGUGAGCAGAGAAGUGCCAGGAAGAGUCACCGCGAUGAAAGCAGGAAGCAAUCUAUGAGACACACACUAAACAGAAAGUGGGACGACAACGGAAACAAAGAAACUAUUCCUUGCAGCUGGAAUGUGAAGAGGAAAAUCCCCCUGACCAUGAUGCAUAACGGCGCAGUGGAAGCUCUGUAAAUGUCAGAGUUGUUCAGUUUGGAAGAUCCAAACAUUUCAUUAGUGUGGCGAUGCAUUAGUAGCAGGUUACAGUUUUAUAACCAACAUGAUCAUGAAAAGACGUGGGUAGUGAUAAUCAUAUAUGCCUGGUCCUGCAUCCAAAGCCUCCAGAGACUGACUUAAUUAGCUUAGGCAGCUCUGGCACAGAGCAAGACUUUUGAAACGUCACAUGGGGCAUGAUACAGCAGCGAUCCAAGAGAAUGACACAGCAGAGGAAAGAAGAUGCUGUGGGAUGUGAUCUGAAUAAGCAGUAACGAUGUUGACUAUGUUAUGUUCCUGAAUAAAUGCAUAACUUAUACUUUUUUUUUAGAGUAACUGGAAAAAACAAAUAUAACUA